AUGGAUCAGGAGAAGAUAAACAGGCAGAAGUCCCAAAGAUGGGCCAAUAUCGAACACACGGCGGACUAUGGAGAUAGUUGGGGUUAUGAUGACAAUUUUUCCGGCUCUGAGUCGGAUAAUCCGGCAAUUCCCAGUCUUCCUAAACUGGAGAUCCCUUCGGCGAUAAUAGGUGACAAAGGGGCCAAUUCGCCAAAUCAAGAGGAGCGUAGGAAAUCUUGGAUCGAAGAAAGUGAGGAGGAGGAAGAUAUUGGAACCGAAGCUGGUCACUGGAAGAGUAAUGUUGUGCUGAAGAUAGAUGAUUUUGGUGGGAAUGGUAAGACUCGAUCUUCCGAUGAAUCUCUUUCGCAUGAUAACACAACUCAACAACAAUUCGAAGAUAUACCGAAGCGGAGUUCAAUUUUUGACGAAACACUGAGCUGUGAUAAUGCAAUUGAGCAACCGGUUAAUGAUUCGUUUGUGUCGGAGAAUAGACAGUCGCCGAAACUGAAUACGCUACAGGAAGCUGCACGAACUGUUGUUCCCCAAACCAGUCUCCGGCAUACGAAUGAGGAUAUUAAUUCAACGAGUGACAAUUAUGACAAAAGGUGUGCAGAAGGCCCUGCUGUGGACAACAACGUUGAUAUUUCGGAAAGGCCUCCCAUUCCAAACGCACCAAAUUUACUACCUGACCUAAGGUAUGGAAACCACGAUUGGAUCGAUAAGAGCGAAGACAGCGAUGACGAAGAAGAGACCCCGGGUCUUUGGAAAAAAAUGAAUGUUCUUCAACAACAGCUUACCGAAAAAUCUGAACAAAUCGACCUACCAAAGACUUUGGCUGACGAAAACGAAUCAGAAGGAAAUGACCAACAGAACCAAAUAAAUCCCACAAAAUCUUAUGAAUCUUACAGCUACAAUGAACAGGAGCAUGAUUCAAAAGUUGAGCGAAGCAAACAAAAGUUAGAACCUGAUCACGUUCGAAUGUGGGAACCGGAAUAUACAGCUGAAGACUUGGAAAACGAGGAAUCAAGCGAACUUCACGAACCAGUACAGGUUCCUCAACCCAUUAGAUCACAUUCAUCCGGUUCGUUGUCAACAGGUUCUUGGUCAGUUGCCAGUUUUCAUAAAUCGGCUGGCGAUAAACUACUCGUUGAGAAUUCAAAGGCGUUGAAUAGACAUUCGUCCACCUUAAAGAGCUCUAACAGUGAAGAUGAGGGGAAUCUACAUGAAAUUGAUCGUGGUGACAGCAACUCUUUUACGUUAAGUAACAAGUUAGACGCGUUAGAUAUUGAGCAUGAGAAUAGGUAUGACUUGUCAGAUGAAGACAUUGAUCAUAACAGAUUCCAAGAUCAGGAAACGGACAGACAUUCACAAGACGAAGAGAGAAUAUCAAACGAUAACGAAGAGCAUUUGGAUCCUACAUCCUCGUUAGAAUCACCACAAGAGCGAGGCAACUCCAUCAAUUUUGGGCAUUGGAGACCUGAUACAUCUAACUUUAGAGAUAACUUUAUCAAGAAUCAGGAUCUCGCUGAUAGACACACAAUUUUUGAACAACCAGAAGAAAUUGAAGACUUUGAGCCGGAUAGAGUGAGCAAAUUACCAAGCAAUAUCGAUAUCGAUAAUAUUUCGACGGUAACGAGCAGUUUGCCCGGAGCUUCGUUGUUGGAUAGCCAAGCUGAAGUAAAAGAGGUGGAAGAUUCUUAUUUUAAAGAAUUAGAUGACAGUAACGAUAGGAUUGAGGUGAAAGAUCCUGAAGAUUUGAAUGCCCUUAAACACGAGAAUCUUCUGAUUGAAACCCGAGGUUCAGAGGACUCUGGUAAAGGUGAGUUCAUAAGCACUAUUAGUGGACCAAGACCUGUGAGCGAACAGGACAGGGUUCCACAACAAAGUUACGAUUACACAAAGAUAAUGACCAUGACCAAUGGUCGGAUGAAAGUGGAAGAAUUGUCCAAAGCUAGAAAUAUCGAAUAUCAGGUCAAAACUGGUUUGGACGAAUGGUUGACUUUUAUGCUUAGUAGUUCAUCUUCAGAUAAUAAUUACCAGCACCAAAACGACCAACUAGGACCACAUGCUCGUAAAGCUUAUGAAGACGUUGACCAAGGAAAUUACCACCAACAUCAUCAAUUGAGCGAUCUUGCACGUAAGCCGUCAAUAUUAAAUGGAUACCACACACCGAAGAUUUUAAAAACUUCCAAUAGGAAACUUGAAAAAGUGGGAGAUAUUGGUAAGGGGAUAUUCUCCAAAGGAAGGAAAAAGAUUUUGAAAAGCAAAUAG